AUGGCAUCUUCAGGCGCCUCUACAGAUGCGUCCGCGCAGGCUGCCUCCGUCGAAGAGCUUCUCGUCACAGAGCUGCCCAAGUUUGAUCUCGAUCUUUAUAUUCAAAAUUAUACCGGACGAACUCGGCUCGAUCGUCUUCUGUUAAUAGGCAAGAGCUGCGUGCCUCUGCGGCUCGAUGCACUAAAAGCCGCCAUCACGGAGGCAAAGAGCGGCAGAGAUGUAUCACAGUACAAACAGGCAUGGGACUGCAUCCGAAAGCUGGCUCCCGAGGAGCCCGAAGCCACGCGAGACGAAGCCUGGAUCGAUGCCACCGAAAAGUCCAAUAAAGCCGAAACACAGCGUCUCGAGUCAGAACUCAAGGGCUACAAAAAUAAUCUCAUCAAAGAAAGCAUAAGGAUGGGCAACGAAGAUCUCGGUCGUCAUUUCGAGGCCAUAGGCAAACUCAACGAUGCCAGCGACGCUUACAGCCGCAUACGCCAAGACGUUAGCAGCACAAAACAUAUCAUUGAUUGUGACGAGGAGCAAUCGCUGCAGACCUUCGUCCGCGUCAUGUCUGGUAUUGCUCAUCUGAGUUUGGGCAACUACCUAGAGUCGGCAAGAAACCUGCUACUCAUCGAUUUCGCCGUGCCUCCGGCCCAAUACAGUCAUGUCGCUAGUCCGAACGACAUUGCUGUCUAUGGCGGCCUAACGGCGCUCGCCACUAUGGACAGAGCAGAGCUUCAGCGUCGCGUACUAGACAACCAGUCAUUUCGAACUUUCUUGGAGCACGAGCCACACAUCCGUAAGGCGGUGAGCUUGUUUAAGCACGUCAGGGAGCUCUACACGCGUAUCCGCACAAAGUGCAUCGUGCAGUAUUUCGUUCCAUUUUCGCGUAUUACGUUGGAGAGCCUUGAGGCUGCGUUUGGACUGCCGGGGCAGUCCCUGCAGGAUGAGCUCAUGGACAUGAUUCGCAACGACUUCUUGAAUGCACGCAUUGAUGCCAGAAAUCAGUUACUUGUCGCUGUUCAGCAAGACCCUCGCGCAGAUAUGCAGAAGAGAACACUGGACACGGCGAAGAAAUACGAAAGCGAGGCCACCGAGCACCUGCGACGUGUAAGCAUCAUUUCUGCCGGGCUCGAGGUGGUGCCCGGCAGGACGGAUACCACUGGACCUCCGGGGCAAUGGUAUGAGGAACCGAGGCAGCCCGCUAUGAUGGAAAGCAGGGAGAAUGGGGGCGGCGACAUUGAAGUGGCAUAG